AUGAGCCGCGGCGGGAUGAGCUGCGACGGCGCGACGAGCGUUGGCAAGGGCACCAUGAUGGGCGGCAUGACGAGCGGCGCGGCUACGACGACUCUUGGUGCAGUGGGCGCGAGCAGCGAUGGCACGCUGAGCCACACGCCGCCGAGCGAUGGCGCGACGAGCCAUUGCAAGGCGAGCGACGGCCGCAUCAUGACGGGCGGCACGCGCGACCAUGACCGGCGCGACCGCCGCGGCGAGGGGCAGCCUCAGCACAGCGACCGCCGGUUGAGUCCGCCGAUGCGUGGUGCGGGAUCGCGCGACGAGAGGCACACCUCUGCUGCCGGAGGUCAGCUCGAUGCUAAGCAGCUCAGCGGCCGUAUCUCGCAUGCCAGCGGCGCCGACGAGCUGCUCAGGCUCUUUGCUGCCCACAGCGCGAACUUGAACCACAUCCACGCUGCGAACCUGUGGAACAAACUGGGCAAGCAGCGCAUCGAGCGGCGGCACGAGGGGCGGCUUGAGCAGCUGAUGCUGGGCGAGCCCGACGCUGGCGGCGAGUGUUCCGAUCGCGGCAGCGCAUGGGCGCCUUCCCACAACGGCUCGGCAGCGGAGUGGGUCAGGCUGGAGUUUGGAGAUGAGCCGUUGCGCAUGAUUGGCUUGCAGGUGCGCGAGGUGCUGGCUGCGCCGUUCAUACUCCGCGUCGAGGUUGAGAGCGAGGAGGCGCAGCGUUGGACAAUAUGGAAUGGGACAGAUGAGACGCCGUGUCCCGGCUGGUUUGACCUCAGCUACGACAGCGGCAGUCAGGCCAUUGCCGCGGUCUACAUCUUCACCCAGGCCGACGGCUUUGAGGAGAUUGAUGCCGUUUCGUUGGAAGUGCCCAUUCCAUGCUCGCCCUCGCCGCCGCCCGAGUCACCCUCAACUCCCCUGCCCGCCUUCGCCGUGCUCACCGCGCGGCCGCUGGCCGUCGUGCUUGCGCUAGUCGCCGCGUGGCUCCUCCUCUUUGCAUACCUCUGCCUGCGGGUCCAGCGGCCGAACGACGGGUGGGCGAGCCGGGAAGCCCGACGGACGCCCAAACUAUAG